AACACUAGUUGAAGAUAGUAUAAAUAGAGGCGUCUUCUGGCGACAGCAGAAGUUCAAAGUAGGUCGCGGAAUUCGUCGUCAUGAGCGGCGAUUUGGAUUGUACGAAUGCUAAAAGAGGCGUUUGGCUGGUCAAGGUUCCCAAGUAUUUAUCGUCAAGAUGGAAAAAAGCUCCUCCGAAAACCGAAGUCGGACGUUUAAAAAUAAGGGGUGCUAUGGGGAAGCCAGACAUUAAAUUCACCCUGAAUGAUGAAAUAGUAAACAUGAAAGAGCCAACGGAGAAAACAGGAAUUCCUAAAGAACAUCAGUUUGCGGUUACUAAGAUUUUUAACCAAACUUUAGCAGUUUUUUCUAGUACAAAACAUGAUAAUUCCAGUGGACCAGAAACUCAAACAGGAAGUGGACUUGUUUUGGAAGGUCAUGUUAUACGUAAAGGAGAAUGUCGUCCUAUGGGAGACGAUCAAUAUAUGAAGUUAAAAAUGCAUACUAUAAUUCAGGCCAGUCAACCCGAACGUCAGGUGAAGCAUUUGAAAAAAAUUGUUCAAAAUUAUAAACCAAUAUCAGAUCAUAAGAAUAAUAUUCAACUUGAAAGGAAAAAACAUAAAGUAUAUGCAUUAUUUUUGGACCUAGAUAAGGCCUACGAUUCAAUCAGUAUAAGAGCAUUACAAAAUAAAAUGUCUCAAUUUAGUGCGGAUAAUGCAAUGAUAAAAUUAACUGGCUUAUUAUUCGGUCAUUAUGAUGCAAUUAUUCGACACAAUGAUGAACAAGGUUAUCCCUAUCCGAUAGAUCAUGAUGAUGGAUUCAUGAUAGGUGACACUGUGAUUCACUCUGUUUCGUAUGCAGACGACAUAGUUAUUAUUGCACCCACAGCAGCAGCUCUUAACAGGAAAAUUCAAAAAUGGGGCUAA